AGAUCGAACGUGCUGAGGGCGCGCGCACCGUACGACGCCGCGGACGGCUGCGUCCACAGCCGGCGAAACGAUGUCCGUUGACGGUGAACAGCCGGGGUCCGCGGUUGACGUCAGUGGAAUGUUUGACAAUGACUUUGUGGUGGAGAGCGUGCUCGACCACCUUGGCACCGAGGAGCUCUUCACGUGCGCAGAGGUGAACCGACUGUGGCAGUCGGUUGCCCUGUCUUUGCUGAGGAAAAAAUUGAUCUCCGUCUCCAUCUGCUGUUCCCCGGAAUCGGAGCCGCCGAGCCAGCAGCCAGUGCAGGACAGGCUGCACGCGUGCGUGGAGAUCAUGUGCUCAAAGUUCGCUCGCUACCGCAACAUCGCGCGCCUGGCCGGCAUGCGGCCAUCCCUUGUGUUCCUGUCCUAUCACGCCGACCUGAACGAAGACAGGAGGGUGGUCGACUGCGUGCGCGAGCUGCUCCCCUUGAGCUCGGUCAUCGUGUAUUUCAAGUUGGAGCUCAUCCGAAUGGCCGACGACUCCGAUGACAGCUCUCACGAGGGCGUCUUCGGCGAGUUCUUAUUCCACGCCGAGCCAAUCGUACGACGUGAGCCGAGUGAUGACGACCAGCAGCAACCACCGCCGCCGCCGGACAGCGCCGUCCCCGGCCCGUCGCCGCAGUCUGGGCUGGGCCAGGCGCAGGAGCUUCGUUCCGAAGGCGAGCCACCAGCAACACCUCCACCCGUUCCGGCUGCUGCUGCCCCCGCCGUGGCGGGCGCACCCACCGAUGAAUCGCUGGCAGCCGCGACGUUGCCUCUCAUCUGGCCACGUCCCCACAUUCCGUCGACGGGCAGAGGCAGCGGCGCCGUCUUCCACAAUGUGCUGCCCGGCGUGCUCAUGUUCCAGGCUUUGCACGUCACCGAAGGUACCCUGGAGGCGGACGUCGCCAACUCCCGGUUCACGGAAGAGGGCACCGGCAGGAUCAUAAAGGUGACCUCGGUGGCCAUCUUCAACGGCAUGCAGAGCAGCCGCUUGGACCCGUUCAUGCGCAGCCUGGGAGAGAGCUUCGGCCCGACGACUGACACCAUCGCGGUGGCGUUCCCGCGGAACCAGGACGAGGCGCGGCUCGAGCUGGAGGCCUUCGAGCGCAAAUUUCCGAGGGUGCCCGCGCUGGCCAAUCAGGCCACAGAGUUUAACGUGGACGGCCAGUUCGCGCCCAUUGGCCGCCUCAAACUCAUACUGCUGCUUAUCAGGCUCCUCGACUAAGAAGGUUCGAGCAUAGGGCUUGAGCUCGGCGGCCAAGUGCACCCCCAGACGACUGCCGGAUCGUAUAUAUAGAUUUAUGUAAAGAAAAAAAAAGACAAGAAAGAAAAAGCGUGGCCAAUAAGACUCAGUUAUCUUGGGAAUAUCGCGAUGUAAUAUUCCUUUAGAUAUUGUUUUUUUGUUGGAGCUACCGCGCGUAUAGUCUUGCCACACACACAUGCGCGUGGGGCAGUGGAAAAUUUCUUGCCUCAUUAUACUUUAUGGUUCUCCGUUCA